AUGACCACCCCACUAACAGUCCACCUCCUCAACAUCUCCACCUGCCCCCUUUCCAACGCAACCACCCACCCCUUCCUCCAACAAGCCGGCCGCGGGCAGAUCCCCAAACCGCUGCUCUCGCAAUGGCUCUCCCAAGACCGCCUCUACGCGCAGUCCUACAUCCGCUUCAUCGGCCUGCUCCUGUCCAAAAUCCGCCUCCCACCGCACAACCCCGACAGCUCGAAGCCUCGCACCUCGACAGUCGAGCACCGCGCCGUGGAGGUCCUCAUCGACGCGCUCGUGAACAUCCGCACCGAGCUGCAGUUCUUCGAGGACACGGCGGAUGAGUACGGGCUGGAUCUGACGGCGUUGCCGGUCGCAAUGGAGGACGAGGAGCGGGAGCGGGGCGAGUGCGUGCGCGGCGAGGAUAAGGCCGAGGAGACGUACUUUGGCCCGAAUAGGGUCACCCAGGCUUAUAUCGAUAUGUUUAUGUCGGCGGGGAGUGCGGCGACGAGUCUGCUGGAGGGGAUGGUCGUGCUGUGGGCGACCGAGGCGUGUUAUCUGCAGGCGUGGCGGUUUGCGGCGUCGUGUGGGGCUUCUAGGAAAACUGAAGCGGGCCCGGAGCAGGACGCCGAUGGGGGUGCGCUGCGGACGCGGUUCAUACCUAACUGGACGAGUCCCGAGUUUGAGGCGUUUGUGCGGCGCAUUGGGGAUGUGGUGGAUGAACUGGCGGGGCAGAUCAAGGGGGCCGAGGAGCGUGAGAAUGUGAUGGGUCGCUGUGUGCAGUGGUGGCGGCAGGUGGUGUGGUUGGAGGAGAGAUUCUGGCCCGUCGUCAAGUAG